CAGCUUUCUGUAUUGAGCAUACUUGUUCCCAGUCAAUUCGGUGGUAGGUACGGUCAGUACUGAAUAAUAAAACCUGAAAUCCGAGUAAGUGCUCGUUAAUACAGAAGUUCACUUUGCGGUAAACUGAAAUCCGAGAAAGUUCUCAGUGUCAAUUCUCGAAUCAAAGUGCCCCAGUCAUGUUCAAGCGUGGAACCAGAUCAAGAUUAUGGCAUGUCCCUCAAGAAUGCAGGGUGAUGGUUUUUAUUAUGUGUCUGGUUCUAGUUGUAGCAGUAUAUGUACUAGCAUUUGGAUUUCGAGUUCAAAAAUUGAACAGCUUUGAUUCUUUGGGGCAAUUUAAGCACAAAAGGGAAUUUAGGAAUGGAACAGAUUUGAUAUGGCAAAUACCUGAUUCACCUAAAGCAGUUCUCUUUUUGGCUCAUGGUUGCAAUGGCAGAGCUCUUAACUUUUGGGAUAGAUCUCCUGACUGCCCCAAAUGUGUAGGUUUGCCAGAGGAAAGGUUACUGGUCCUUCAUGCUCUUUUUUGGAGGUUUGCUGUUCUUACGAUAUCUAGUGCUAAGAGAUGUUGGACAUUUGGAGAGGAAAAACUGAUUGUCGAAGAAAUUAUAAGGUGGUGGAUUAAGAGACACAAGCUUGAAAAGCUUCCUUUGGUAGCCUUGGGAGCCUCUUCUGGUGGGUACUUUGUUUCUGCUCUUGCCUAUGAUUUGAGGUUCAGUAGUAUUACACUUAUGAUUGCGGAAGGUGUAUUUGAUAAAAUGGACAUCCCUAAUGAUUAUCCGCCAACCCUUUUUGUGCACAUGCCCAAAGAUGUAUAUAGGCAGCAGAAGAUAAGUGCAUUUAUUGAAGUUUUGAGAAAUAAAGGGAUUGAUGUUGCAGAGAUUGAAUGCAUGGAUUUUCCCUUGUCCCCAACUUUCUUAGCUGACAGAAUCCCUGGUCUCGAUCCAAUUGUUUCAGCCAAGUUGUUUGAUCUAUUCAGGAACAAGGGCUUUGUAGAUGAGAAUGGUUAUAUGAAAAGGGAUGGGCGUUCAACACGCUGGAAAGAAGCACUCCAGGGAAGUAAGGCUGUUUUACUGGAUAAAAAUUUGGUGCAGCAUGUUCAGGAGGAACUCAAUCUUGCCUUUGCCUAUCAUGAAAUGACUAGCUUGCAAUCUCAACAGAUCUUUAAAUGGUUUGAAUCUCAUAUGGUCUAGUCUGUCCAUCAUAUCACAUUCUCUCCAUUACCAAUCUUGGAAGAGUGUGUGUGUGCAUUUAUUUUUGCUUUUUCUUUUUUCUGCAUUACAUUGGCAAUUAUAGCUUUAGAUACCGGAAGUUGGCCUUGGUUUUGCAGGUAAAGGAACACGGUGUUCAUAGCAAACUGUGAAUAUUCCAAUCUUUUGCAAAAGAUUAAACCCCCAUUUUGGUCCCUCAACUAUUGUACGAACUCUCGAUUUAGUCCCUCAAGUCAAAAAUCCACGAUUUGAUCCCUAUU